GAAUAUUCAUUCAGUUAGCAACGCUCAGGCGAGGUGGACGAAGGUGUGUGUGCUAUGUGUGAGGCCGCGCGCGGCUCCCCUCGUGAAGUGUGUUGACGCGUUAGUGUGACAGUUCUUGCGGUGAAUUCUUUGCUCGCGCGAGACGGAGAAACAGACAGAAGACAUGUUGACCUCAAGUGGAAAUCAGUACCUUCGGCCAGAGUACCUCAACCCCAUCCAGGGCCACUCCAUCGAGCUGGACGCCAAGAAAUCCCCGCUCGCCCUGCUGGCCCAGACCUGCUCCUCCAUAGGGGCAGACCUCACGCAGAAGGGCGGCAUCGCCUCCGUGGACAAGGCCUCCAAGGGCAAGUCCUCCCCCGGGGCCAAGUCUCCGGGCGCCACCCUCAAUAUAUCACCCUCUGACGACCCCGCCAAGACCACGCCCUCCGCCGCCUCCUCCUUCAAGCCCUACGAGAAGAAGGACGACGACGACCGCAUCAGCCCCAGCAAAAGGUCCUCGCCACACUCCCGCUCCCCCGGGUGUAGCCAGCCCAGCGCCGAGAGGUCAUCCUCCAGGGGCAGCGACAGCGGCAGGUCGUCCUCGAGGAACAGGGACCCGCCCUCCUCUUCCUCCAUCUCGCCGCGGGUGUCCUCCCCCGCCGUCACCCCCAAGAGCAGCUCCUCCGUCUCCGCCUUCAGCUGCCACGCCCUGUCCAGCCUGGGCGACCUCACCAAGGACCCGCUGGCCGCCUACAAGCUGGCGCCCAGCCUCUACCCGCACCUGGCGCUCGGCCUCGAUCCCCUGGGCGCCGCAGGGCUCUCAGCCCUCACAGCCAAGGUCCCCACCAGCACAUCGGCGGCGCUUUCCAGCCCUUACAUCGGCUACGCGAGAGUCAAGACGGCGAACGGCACGGAGACGGUAGUGCCAGUGUGCCGUGACCCCUACUGCAGCGGGUGCCAGAUCAACGCCCACGCGGCACAGGUCGUCAACGGCACCUGUCCCCCUGGAUGCUCGCAAUGCUCCCAGAUCGCAGCGCACACCAAGAACCUCGCCGCCCUGCCCGGCCUCCUGCCCUCCUUGCCCGCCUCCACCCUCAGCGGUCUGUAUCCUCCCCCGGGGCUGGUGGGCGGCUCACACCAACCCUACGUCUGCAACUGGAUAGCGGGGGACACCUUCUGCGGGAAGCGGUUCUCCACCUCAGAGGAACUUCUUCAGCACCUUCGAAGUCACACCAACCUCUCCACCUCCGACUCCUCGCUCUCACUCCACGCCCUCCACCACCCACUCCUCGCCGGGCACCUCCCACGAGGCUACCCCACUCCACCCCUCUCACCCCUCUCAGCAGCACGCUACCACCCCUAUGCCAAGCCGCCUCUUGCUCACCUCCCCCCGACGGCUCCACUCCCCGCCUCCGCCCUCUCCGCAGCCACCCUAUCCGGCCUCCACCCACAUCCCCUCUCCGCCUACUACAACCCCUACUCCUUGUACGCCCGGGGACUUGGGGCCACCGCAGGGCUUCACUAGUGUUUCCAGCCCACGCCCGUGCCUGUGGGUGGCGAGGGCGAGGACAUUGGGUGUCUGAGGGGCGUUCUGAAGGGCGUCUCCUCAACUGUGUGCUGUGAUGUUACUUCUUCAAUAUGUACAAAUCAGUGUUUUAUGUGAAGAAAGAUAUUCGAGUCAUGCUUUUUGUUAACGUUUACGACUACUGGAGAGAGAGAGAGAGAGAGAGAGAGAGUCUGUUAUAUCGUUUCCUUUAUCAAUGUUUUAUGUGUGUGUGUGCGUGUGUGUGAGAGAGAGAGAGUGGACGCGGACGUAAGAGAAAGACAUGUUUUACUUAAUGAUCUGUGAUUUUUCUUUUGAACGUCGAGGACAAUCAUAUUAGUUUUAUCUUUCGUUCGUUCUCCCCAAGUCAAGGCGGGGACUGUGAUCUCAUGUGAGGGUGGGGAGGAGGAGGAGGAGGGGGGGUGAAGAUGGCUAGGUGGGGAAGGGCGGGGAGGCUGGGGUAUGGGGCGGGCUACCCUUCCCCUCCUCCCCUCACUCCCCCCAUCACAGCUAACAACCGGCGCCCCAAGAUGUUGUGACACUGUACCACCACAACCACCUGCCAGCACCCCUUCCCCCCUCCCCCAACACCUCCCCCCCCCCACCCCUAACACACCCUCACCCUAUAUAUUCACUGUACAUUUCCUGUGUGUGUCAUGUCAUGUGUUUUCAGCAGACGCAGCGAAGUAUCUGUUUGUAUAUUUAUUGUACAAUAUCUGUAAGCCAAGUUUUAGAGGGAAAUACAUUUAUUUACAGAUCGACAA